UCUUCUCGCCCAGCGCCCACUCCCGCCUCCCGGGCGAUCUGCCUUCCUUACUCCAGCCUAUCACCGGUUCUGGACCCUUGGGCUUCUUGGUUCUUACCUUGCUGGAUCUGAAGUGCCCUAGACUUUGAACCCAGGUGACUUCGUCACCGGUAGUUCGGCCUUGGGAGUCAAAGGGGAUAAGGAGAAUUAAUUGCCAGAAAUAAGAAUCAGGCUCUACAAUGACAACCUAUUUGGAAUUCAUCCAACAAAAUGAAGAACGAGAUGGAGUCCGAUUUAGCUGGAAUGUUUGGCCAUCAAGUCGACUAGAAGCUACAAGAAUGGUUGUUCCGGUAGCAGCCUUAUUUACACCACUGAAGGAGAGACCUGAUUUACCACCUAUUCAGUAUGAACCUGUUCUGUGUAGCAGGACCACUUGCCGUGCAGUUUUGAAUCCUUUAUGUCAAGUGGAUUACCGAGCAAAACUCUGGGCUUGCAACUUUUGUUAUCAAAGGAAUCAGUUUCCACCUACUUACGCUGGUAUAUCUGAAUUGAAUCAGCCUGCGGAGCUCUUACCUCAGUUUUCUAGCAUUGAAUAUGUAGUUCUGCGUGGUCCUCAGAUGCCUUUGAUAUUCCUCUAUGUGGUUGAUACUUGCAUGGAAGAUGAAGAUUUACAAGCCCUGAAAGAAUCUAUGCAGAUGUCAUUGAGUCUUUUACCACCUACAGCUUUGGUUGGACUUAUUACUUUUGGGAGAAUGGUACAGGUUCAUGAACUUGGAUGUGAGGGCAUUUCAAAAAGCUACGUGUUCAGAGGAACAAAAGAUUUGUCUGCCAAACAACUGCAGGAAAUGCUGGGACUCUCUAAAGUACCCAUGACUCAAGCUACACGUGGUCCUCAGGUACAACAGCCACCUCCUUCCAAUAGAUUCUUGCAGCCAGUACAGAAAAUAGACAUGAAUCUCACAGAUCUUCUGGGAGAACUGCAGCGAGACCCUUGGCCUGUACCACAGGGGAAGAGACCUUUGCGUUCCUCUGGGGUGGCACUUUCCAUAGCUGUAGGACUACUUGAGUGUACUUUUCCCAACACUGGUGCUCGUAUCAUGAUGUUCAUUGGCGGUCCAGCCACUCAGGGGCCUGGAAUGGUGGUUGGAGAUGAAUUGAAGACACCUAUAAGAUCAUGGCAUGACAUUGAAAAAGACAAUGCCAAAUAUGUUAAAAAGGGAACAAAGCAUUUUGAAGCAUUGGCUAAUCGAGCUGCUACGACUGGUCAUGUUAUUGAUAUCUAUGCCUGUGCGUUAGAUCAGACAGGUCUCCUGGAGAUGAAAUGCUGUCCCAACCUUACUGGAGGAUACAUGGUAAUGGGUGACUCUUUCAACACUUCCUUAUUCAAGCAGACUUUUCAAAGAGUUUUUACCAAAGAUAUGCAUGGACAGUUUAAAAUGGGCUUUGGUGGUACAUUAGAAAUAAAGACCUCAAGGGAAAUAAAGAUUUCAGGAGCUAUUGGACCCUGUGUGUCUCUCAAUUCUAAAGGACCUUGUGUGUCUGAAAAUGAGAUAGGAACAGGUGGCACUUGUCAAUGGAAGAUAUGUGGACUCAGUCCCACUACAACCUUAGCCAUAUAUUUUGAGGUUGUCAAUCAGCAUAAUGCUCCAAUUCCUCAAGGAGGGCGUGGUGCCAUCCAGUUUGUGACUCAGUAUCAGCAUUCAAGUGGACAGAGACGCAUCCGAGUGACCACCAUUGCUAGGAACUGGGCGGAUGCUCAAACUCAAAUCCAAAACAUUGCUGCAUCUUUUGACCAGGAGGCAGCUGCCAUUCUUAUGGCCCGGCUGGCAAUCUACAGAGCGGAAACAGAGGAAGGACCAGAUGUACUUAGAUGGCUAGACAGACAGCUCAUUCGACUGUGUCAGAAAUUUGGAGAAUAUCACAAAGAUGAUCCAAGCUCCUUCAGAUUUUCAGAAACUUUCUCCCUUUACCCUCAGUUUAUGUUUCAUUUAAGAAGAUCUCCUUUCUUGCAAGUUUUUAACAAUAGUCCUGAUGAGAGUUCAUAUUAUCGUCAUCAUUUUAUGCGUCAAGAUUUGACUCAGUCUCUAAUCAUGAUUCAGCCUAUUCUGUAUGCAUAUUCUUUUAGUGGACCACCAGAGCCGGUUCUUCUUGAUAGCAGCAGUAUUCUUGCAGAUCGCAUUCUUCUCAUGGACACGUUCUUCCAGAUUCUGAUUUACCAUGGUGAGACCAUUGCACAGUGGCGCAAGUCAGGAUACCAAGACAUGCCAGAAUAUGAAAAUUUCCGCCAUCUUCUACAAGCCCCAGUGGAUGAUGCCCAGGAGAUUCUUCACUCCAGAUUUCCAAUGCCAAGAUACAUUGAUACUGAACAUGGAGGUAGCCAGGCCCGUUUCCUGCUUUCAAAAGUCAACCCUUCCCAGACUCAUAAUAAUAUGUAUGCCUGGGGACAGGAGUCUGGAGCACCUAUUCUCACAGAUGAUGUUAGUUUACAAGUGUUUAUGGAUCACUUGAAGAAACUUGCUGUGUCAAGUGCUGCUUGAAGUGCUAAACAUAUUAAGGACACUUAAGAUGAAAUAAUACUUCAAUUUCCUUUUUCAGUUUAUCUGUGGAAACCAAUACAGGUAUCUCUCUAGACUCUUUGUAUUAGUAUGGUUUGAGACAUGUGGAAAAAUGUUCACAUUUGUAGAAUAAGCUGGAAUAUAAGAGCAAUAAGAACAAAUUUAUUUUGCUUGCCACAGUAUUAUGGCUGGUUUUAGAAAUCUGAGGUCUUUAUAACUUAAUUAUGUUAAAGCGUUGAAAUAGAGUUGGCCUUGCACUACAGAGACAUAACUCAUUUGUAUAUUGCAGAAAAAUACAAAGUGGCACUGAAUGUCCUUGUUGACUUUUUGAAAACUUGUUUCUUGAUUUUAAUCAAGUAAGCAAAAUCAUUGACAGUAAUGAUAAAUGUGAACAUUUUUGCCUAUUCAUUGAAAUAUAUCUGUGAUUUUCAAGCACUUAUGUAUACACCUUUUUCUGUACUUAUUCUGUUAAGGCAGAUUUAUUUUUAUGAUGAUUUGUUUAGGAAUUAUUUGACUUUAUAUAUGGUAAUUUUCAUGUAGAUAAUUUAAUGUUUUUGGUCAUUUGGAAAAAUAGUUUAGAGAUGGAAAGUUUUUUGGGGUAACAAUCCCACAACUGACAAAUGUGAAAUUCCCAUAAAAUACCCAACCUAUGUAAUGAGACGUGAUAAGUUUUUUAAAAAGGGAGAUAGAAAAUAAACCAUUUUGUCAGAAUGCGUUUUAGGAAGGCUUUGCAGUAAAAUAACUGUCAUCACUACUAAAGCAAAUUUGGUUUUUACUGCAUGGUUAUGUUGUUUCCCCUUGUUUUUCUGAGGUAAAUUUUACAUUAUAUCCUUCAGUAUUUUAACACUAUUUUGGGAGUUUACAUAUUAUUUCUUAUUUCUGCUUCCAUAUUGUGAAAUGUAUUAAGUUCUUACUCAAACAGUAUUAUAUAAUAUUUUGUUGAAUUAUAUCAUGUGGUGAUGCUCAGUUUUAUUUUGAUUUAUUCAUUAGUAUAAUUCACUUUUACCUUUUAAAGUUUACUUGUAGCAAAUGUUUACAUUGCUAAAGCCAGAUAUGUUUGACAAUGAAAUUUAUAUCAAGUACUGCAAAUAAAAGGUGGUGCUAUGAUAAAUGCUUGGAAGGAAAGUUUGAUGAUUGUACUUGCAUGAACACAAUCGUAUGAUAAAACAGAAACUUAAAAAAAAAUGUUUAUAUGUUGUAUUCAAUUAAAUAAAUUGCUCUGUUCCAUUUUAUUUGAAUUGAACUGUGCUAGGCCUAAAUACCAAUAAAAUAUACUUUUUCUGUGUU